AUGAAAACACUAGCAGAAAGGAGGAGGAGUGCGCCAUCUCUUAUCCUGGAUAAAGCCCUACAAAAAAGGCCCAGUACCAAGGAAAGCCCUUCUGCCAGCGUGGACACGUGUACAUUUCUCUCAUCGUUCGUGUGCUCCAGUAGGACCUUGCUAAUUGAUGGCCGGGUAGAACUCAAAAGAGGCCUGCAGAGACAGGAGCGGCAUCUUUUCCUGUUCAAUGAUCUGUUUGUUGUGGCCAAAAUCAAAUAUAACAACAACUUUAAGAUAAAAAAUAAAAUUAAAUUAAGUGACAUGUGGACAGCAAGCUGUGUGGACGAAGUGGGAGAAGGCAACACCAAUGCCCUGAAAUCGUUUGUCUUGGGCUGGCCCACGGUGAACUUCGUGGCCACUUUCAGUUCUCCAGAACAAAAGGACAAAUGGCUCUCUCUCCUUCAGAGAUACAUCAAUCUAGAGAAAGAGAAGGACUACCCGAAGACCAUUCCCCUCAAAAUCUUCGCCAAGGACGUUGGGAAUUGUGCCUACUCCAAAACUAUAACAGUAAGGAAUUCAGAUACAGCAAAUGAAGUUAUCAACAUGUCACUACCAAUGCUAGGGAUAACUGGCUCUGAGAGAGAUUACCAGCUUUGGGUCAAUUCUGGCAAAGAAGAGGCACCAUACCCACUUAUUGGGCAUGAAUAUCCCUAUGGAAUUAAAAUGAGCCAUCUUCGGGACACUGUGCUCCUGACACAGGGAUCGAAGGACAGCAGCACGCCGUCCGGCCUCCAGGAGUCCUUCCUCAUGGAGCAGCUGCCCCGAGAGCUGCAGUGCCAGUUCAUCCUGAAGCCCAGCCGCCUGGCCACAGCCCAGCAGCUGAGCGAUUCAGGACAGAAGACAUUUAAAAGGAGAAGGUCUCUCAUAAACUGGGCCUUUUGGCGGGGGUCUAGCAUUCAUCUGGAUAACUUGCCUGUGUCACCAACAUCCCCUCUGCCGGGGCAGCUCUUUGGAGUUUCUCUGCCAAAUAUCUGUGAGAACGACAAUCUGCCCAAACCUGUCUUGGAUAUGCUUUUCUUUCUUAAUCAAAAAGGACCCCUCACAAAAGGUAUCUUCCGACAGUCGGCCAAUGUGAAAUCCUGCAGAGAGUUAAAAGAGAAACUGAAUUCUGGAGUUGAAGUACACCUAGACUGUGAAUCUAUUUUUGUGAUAGCAUCUGUCUUAAAGGAUUUUCUGCGAAAUAUUCCAGGAAGUAUUUUUUCAUCAGAUCUCUAUGAUCAUUGGGUCUGUGUAAUGGAUCAAGGAAAUGAUGAAGAGAAAAUAAAUACAAUUCAAAGGCUAUUAGACCAGCUCCCGAGAGCCAAUGUUGUUCUCCUAAGGUAUCUUUUUGGGAUAUUACACAACAUUGAGCAGUGUUCCUCGUCCAAUCAGAUGACUGCAUUCAAUUUAGCGGUGUGUAUAGCUCCAAGCAUUCUGUGGCCUCCUACUUCCUGCAGCCCAGAACUAGAAAAUGAAUUUACAAAAAAGGUUUCUCUGCUUAUCCAAUUUCUGAUUGAAAAUUGCUGUAGGAUAUUCGGAGAAGAAAUCACUUCCCUCUUAGGAGAGGUUUCAGUGAGGUGUGAUGCUCAAGAGAAUACGUCAGAUAUCUCUUGCUUCCAACUGAACGACUCCUCCUAUGACAGCUUGGAAAAUGAGCUAAAUGAGGAUGUCGAUGCUCCUUGUAGUGACUUGGUGAAGAAACUUGGUCAGGGUAGCAGAAGCAUGGACUCUGUGUUAACCCUCAGUGACUAUGACCUCGACCAGCCUGAGGUGGAAGGCCUCUUAACCCUGAGCGACUUUGACUUAGACCGUUCUAAAGAUGAAGACAUUCAAAUGGAACGGCCUCUUGAACCCAAGCCGGUGGACCUCACAGGAGUGUAUGCAAAGGUCCCACUGCGGGAUCAGGCCCGGGCCCCGUCGGGCCUGAGCACUCCUGGCUACCUGUCCACAGCUGCCGCAGGGGUUCCAAAAAGCCUGAGGCGACACCGACGCUCCUCAGAGCCCAGCAUCGAUUAUCUAGAUUCUAAGCUUUCGUAUCUCAGGGAAUUUUAUCAGAAAAAGCUACGCAAGUCCAGCUGUGAUGCAAUUCUCUCUCGAAAAGAUGAGGAUUAUCUGAAGCAGAAUCAACCCCUCCAGGAAGAGGGUAAGACAUGUUUUAAACAGAGUUUAGUCGCAGGCACUGAUACCAAGAAAAACGCCACUAAUAAAAAUGUUAAGAAGAAAAGCUUGUCUGGUAAUGAAGGAAAUCAUGUGAAACUCUUUUCUAAAUCCAAGCCAGUGGCCAUUUCUGUGGCAUCUUACAGUCACAUGUCUCAGGACCAUCCCGGGAGCCAGCCCUUCGGCACAGACACAUCUGGAUACUCCCCGACACACACAGCGGAUGCCCUCAAGAGCUCGCGGAGGCACCGGCGCUGCUCGGAGCCCAGCAUGGAUGACCAGCACUGCAAACUGACCUAUCUCAGGGGAAUUUAUUCAAAGAAACAGCAUAAAACCAGCUGCGGAGCCGGUCUCCUGCACGGAGAGGAAGCUUAUCUGGAGCGGCACAAGUCUUUGCAAAUGGAGGGGCAAAAGCUCAUUAACCAGAGUUUGGUGAUGGGGAUUGAGGUGGGCAAGAGCAGUAGCACAAACAGGAACACCGAGAAGGGCUUACCCCCAAGACUAAAUGUUUGCCCGCGGACCAGCUACUCCAGCUUGUCCUCCCCAGGCACUUCCCCCUCUGGCUCGUCAGUGAGCUCCCAAGACAGCGCUUUUUCUCAGAUUUCGGAACACUCUGUGUUUACCCCCACUGAAACUUCCUCUCCAAUAGAUUGCACUUUUCAAGCUCCAAGAAAACAGGAAGAGCUUGCUUCUGAUUUUAGCAAUUCCAGCCUCAUUUCUGCAACUCCUGGUCCCUCAUCAGGGCAGGCCAGCAGCCGCCUGGCGUAUACAAAAAAGGAUGUUGUAGAGUGGCACUCACAAAUACAUUCUGUAACUCUUCACCCAAGCACAUGGUUGAGAAAUGGUGUGGCCAGUUUGAAAAACUGGUCCCUCAAAAAGAAGGCAAGGGCGUCCAGACCAGAGGAAAAGAAAGUAAGUUCUCUAAAAGGACCCAUGGAGCCACCUCCCUAUGCUUCUGGUAUUUCAGAAGCCAGCCCACUGCAAGAGACACAGGAAGACAUGCCCCAAAGGGCAACAGAAGGACUUGGAGCUGUGCAGACAGCCCAGUGGUAUAGCUCGUACCCCAGCCAGGACUCAGAGAAGCACUGUAGCUCUCCAUUCAGCCUGGUGGAGGAUGGACUCAAGCUGUGUGUGAAGUCACACAAGGAAGGAGACAGCAGUGAGCAGCGCUCUCCUGGUACUCUGCUGUGUAAGAGAUCCUCACCCAGCUCUUUGACUGUGGACGAUGCACCCAGCCCAGACUCGGGGCCUACAGUGGUUUGUGAUAUUGGGGACCAGCAUUUAACCAAAGACGUUUAA